AUGGAGCAUUUCUUUGUCUUGUAUUUCUCUGCUACUAUUUUGCUUGUUGGGAUUUCCAAAGGUGAAUGUGCAAGUAUAAUUGGAGGGAAAGAAUCGUUUCCACAUUCAAGACCUUAUAUGGCCUUGAUCAAAGGAAAAGAAUACUGUGGAGGAACUUUGGUCAAGCAAAAUUGGGUUCUAACAGCCGCCCAUUGUGUUUUGGACAAAAAUUCUGAAGUUGUUCUUGGAGCUCAUUCAUCAUCUAAGAAAGAAGAAAGUCAGCAGAUUUUUAAAAUUGCUAAAUUUGUUCCCUACCCAUGCUAUAAUGAGGAGACAAAUGACAACGACAUUAAGCUUCUGCAGCUUAAGGGAACAGCAAAGCUCAAUCAAUACGUGAAGACCAUCAAGCUUCCUAAUACUGAUGAUGACCUCAAAGCAGGCACGCAGUGUCUAGUAGCUGGAUGGGGCAUUACUCAAAACAAAGACAGAAAGCCCUCUGAUACUCUGCGUGAAGUUAACGUCACGGUCAUUGAGAGAAGUAUCUGCAAUGACAAGAAACACUACAAUUCCAAUCCUGUUGUCACAAUGAACAUGAUAUGUGCUGGUGACAAAAAAGGAAAGAAGGAUGCAUGUCAGGGUGACUCUGGUGGUCCUUUGGUAUGCAAGGAUGAACAAAAAGGCAUAACAUCCUUUGGUAAACAGUCAAAAUGUGCCUCAGCUCAAUACCCUGGUGUCUACACUCGGCUUACAAAGACCCUUCUCUUGUGGAUAAGAAAAACCAUAGGGGGUAACUGA